AUAGCCACGAUAACCUUCAAAACCAAACAGGGCCGAAUUAUUUCAGAGUCACAUAAAACCCUAGGUCCCAAGCAGCUCCUCGUUUGCCAAAUUCUUAGAAGCACGAUCUCCGAACGGCGCCAAGGAGCAAAACUAGUUGCAGCAAAUAAGCCCAAAACCAUGGCAGACAAAGCUGUGACGAUUAGAACAAGGAAGUUUAUGACUAACAGGCUCCUUUCAAGGAAGCAGUUCGUGAUUGAUGUUCUGCAUCCUGGGAGGGCCAAUGUCUCUAAGGCUGAGCUGAAGGAGAAGUUGGCAAGUUUAUAUGAAGUGAAAGACUCAAAUACAAUUUUUGUAUUCAAGUUCCGUACACAUUUUGGAGGUGGAAAGUCAACUGGCUUUGGACUGAUAUAUGAUUCUGUGGACAAUGCUAAGAAGUAUGAGCCAAAAUACAGGCUGAUCAGAAAUGGACUGGACACCAAGGUAGAAAAAUCAAGAAAACAAAUGAAGGAAAGGAAGAACAGGUCCAAGAAAGUCCGAGGUGUAAAGAAGACUAAGGCUGGAGAUGCUGCAAAGAAGAAGUGAGAUCUGAAUAAUAGGGAGCUCAUCUUUUGUCCUAGUACACUUGGGUCCUUAGCCUUUUCCACCCUCUCUUUUUGUAUUUUUAGCGCUGUCAAGCAUUUAAUGAGGUUUCUAGAUAUUUCAGUUUGAGAUACUUUUACGCCAUGCAUGUUUUCCAACGGAUGUUAUUUGUUACUAUUGAGUUAUGAUAGACCAAGUAAUUGCAACUAUAUUUUGUGUUCUCCUGCCAAAGCUGUGGCAUGAUGCAGGGAAGGGAUUGGUUGUGCAAUCCAAUCUGCCUUCCCUGUCAAACUCGAAAUUAUUUUCAAUCUUAUGAUCAAACAUUCUGGUUUAGUUGGUA